AUUUGGAUCAGUGCAUCAAUCCAUAAUCCACCAAUCCAAUUGGAUUUGGAUCAAAUGAUUAAAUUUAAAUGGAUUGGAUCUCUUGGAUAUUAAGUGGAUGGAUUGAAUUGGAUCAUAAAUUGCUACUCUAGUGAUGUGUGGCAAGAUGAUAAUGUACUUUAGUAAAAUUUUGCUUAUAAGUGGUAUUUGAACUUUGUACAAUAUUAACCGAGAAAGAAUACAUUGUCCAUAUACCUGAUUUUUACCCUUUUUGAUAGGCUCCCAUAUAGGGGUGGUAAUGAGGUGGAUUUCCAUAAACAUCAUCAUCCUCAUUUUUAAAUAGUUAAACUCGUACUCAUCCCAUACUCAUGUGAGGGAAGGUUUUGCAACCGUAACAUCAUACUCGCAAUUUUCUGGUACUUAUGUGUAAUAGAAGCCUCAUAUAUCCAAUAUUAGUAUGCCUGGAAUUCAACAUGUAGAUAUUCAAUUGUAACACCAAACGGACCUAGUAGAUCAUGAAAUCAACAAUAUUACAACUAUUCUCAAUAUGAAUUCAAAGCAUACAAUCCUAGAAUAUCCAUUAAUUCAUGAGAUACAAUACUAUCCAAAUCAUUCAUCUCUAACUUCGACACAUCAAUUAAACAGUAAACUACUGAACAAAAGAAAAAAUGUGAAAGUGUAAAGGGAGAAUCGAGGGAAAUAAUAACAUUUGAACUCUUUAUUUUUUUUUAAAUUACCUUCCCGUCGUAAAGAGAUUACAAUAUACUGUUGACAAAAUAUUUAGAAAGGUUUAUGUAUUGUUGACAAAAUUAAUAGACAUUGACCUAGGUACUAUGAUGACCAUUUCAUAUUCUUCACAGCUAUACCGUCCAUUAUACAUAUACAGAUUUACAUUUUUAUUGCUCUAAUGAAAGAAAAGUUUACAAAGACGAAAUAAAGGUUUUACUUAAUAUCAAACUUAUUGUUAUUUUAAGCAUGGGUAAUAAAUACUCCGUUUAAUACAUGUAUAUGUACCCGUAUGUAUUUUAUCCCUUUAAAAACUUUUGUAUUCGUAUUAUUGUCAAGUAUGUUCAUUUUUUUGUUCAUUAAAUGACUUAUGUACUAAACACGUAAAAACCCCGUAUAACAGGUUUAAUAUCCGUAUUUAAUGAAUUAAAUUGUUAACUUUAUUAUUAUUUAUGUUUUUUAAUAAUUAAUUUUUGUAUGACUAUUAACGAACUAUUAAACGUAACAUUAACUUACAAACGAAGUAAAACAUUCGUAUGUAUUUUAUACGUAACUUUGACAUACCAUAUUUUACUAAAUAUGGUUUUUAGGUGUGUAUAUCAACUACAACCCAGAACCUCUUUCAUAGCACCGUUUGAUUAGGGUACGUCACGGAAUGUGGAUGGGUCUAUUUCUCAUGGAUCCAGAAGGUGAAUCGGAGAUCCAGAGUUCUCUCGAAGAAUUCGCCAGUAAACAACUUAGCCAUCUGCCAGGGAAACAACCGCGCGUGAAUAAUCAGGAAAAAUGAGGGCCUAAGUAAUUGGGUUCUCUUGAAGUCACUUUGAUUUCGUAGAGUAGAGAAUCAUAGAUAGAGCCAUGCAAUGCAAUGAAAGAUGGGAGGAAUAGGUUCGCUUCGCCGGUCCAACUUGGGCAGCCACCAGGGAAUCGUCGGCGGGGAUGAAAGGGAAAGAAACGGGAGAAUCCUCUAUACUUUCCUGUCGCAUCUCGGGCUGCUGCAAUCACGGUGGACACAGUGUGCUCCUCCACCAAUCUACCACUGGAGCUUGGUUGAAUUUUCUAAGGCUGAAGUCUCGGAACGCGAGAUAUCUGCGGUGAUGAUGAAGAUUGCAUGUGAGGCCAAACUUGGUCAGCCGCCAGUCAAACUACGCAGGUUGAUCAGAGCUAGGGGAAGAGAGUCGCGAAAAAAAUGAUGGGAUGAAAAAUAGGGAAAAGAGGUGCAUGGAAACUUAGAGUGAACCUUAUGACAUCCAACCAAACCCCUUAAGUGUACUCGCCAAUUAAUAUAUAUCUAAUAAUUAUACAUGAAUUUCUUCCAACAACUCGUGUUAUUAAAACUAACUGGUUUAUAGCAAUUAUGGAUCUUAUCUACUUCCACCGAGUUAUUAAUUCUCUCUUCAACUGCCCUCUACAAAUAAGAUGACACUUGCGAUUAAUUCCUACACUGUCACAACCCCUAGAAUACGCGGUGCUGCAUGGGGUACCAUAAAGUUGGGCGUGUUGAUCAGCACUAAACGUGCGUUCUCAGUUACGUUUGGAAAGCUAGAUUUUAAUUUACUUAUAAGCACUUAAAGUCCUGAUCCAGUGGACAAGUUAGGAUUUAGGGCGAGGAAUCAAGAAUAAAAAUAUUAGGAGAGUUGGCUUUUAAGAAUUGCAAAAAGUGUGUAGAUAAUUAGAGAUUGAAGAGAGUUGAUGGUCUAGCUACCAUCGUGCUACUUUUCGAGUUUCCUCAAUGCACAUACAUCUUGUGAUUGCAGACCUAACUACGAUCAAUUAUGUUGCAGACUUGGCCUAGCACAUUACUUUGAUUAAGUGGUACUCCAAGCCAAUAGAAUGCUGAUAUGUUGGAAUUGUAUUUAUUGAUUAUGUGUACCCGUUUCUUUGAUUGAUGGUAAUUAGUACAAACGAUAACAAAACUUUGGACGCCGUAUAAAAUGGUAAUAAAAUUUUCACUUUUCACUAUUUAGUAAAUGAUAUAAUCAUUUCCAUUCAUCUCCAUCGAAAAUUCUGUUAACCAAGUCCAAUCGACGGUCCAUAUCAUAAAAAAAAAACAAUAUUAACAAAAAGUACACCUCGUCAUAAAAAAACAAUAUUAACCAUCGAAAAAAACCCCUGCUUUUUAUUUUGUAGUGUGAUUUUGACAAUUUUUAAGACCAUUGCGUUUGAUUGUGAAAAGAGGCGUGACCAUUUUGUUAAUUGUUCCAAUAUGAUUUCAAUGUGAACUAAUUAUGAUUGGGGGGUUACAAAGAUGAGAGUUUAAAUGAAAAAAGUAUCAAAGAUCUUGUUCAGACUACUUCCCAAACCCUAUUUUCGAAUCAAUUGAAGAGUUUUUCCAAGAACCCUAACUAAUUAAACACACCUUAACAUUCAUAAUAACAUUGUUAGAGGAUGACAACUUUAUAACCGGUCUCUCUCUUAUUGAGUCAAGUGGGAGAUUCCGGUCCAAUUGAUUUCAAAAUCAUAUUUUCUGCUCGAAAAAGAAAAACCGAAUGCUAAAUUUGUCAGUUGGAGGUUAACUAAUAAGUAUGAUUUUACUUGGGAUUACUUGGAAAAUGGAGUUCGAAAUUAUUGUAAAGAAGUUUCUAUGCGUGUGAUAUGUCUCCAAGUUGGCAAGCAAGUCUUCCAUUAAUUCCGUCAAGCAAGUCUUCCAUUAAUUCCGUCAAGCAAGUCUUCCAUUAAUUCCGACUAUGGCUUUGGCUGCUGCCCAAUUCUGUCAAGCAAGUCUUCCAUUAAUUCCGACUAGACAUUCCAUUUAUUCCAUGUUGCAAUGAAUCUGUGGUCACUCC